AGAUAAAACUAUAACGUUACAAACUGUUCCUACGUGAAAGAAAGAAAUGUGAAAUUAGUUUUGUAAUUAAAGGUGGCAUCAGUAAACAAAUGAACAUGUUUAUCAUAUCUGAUAACAGAAAGACAAUAAGGCACGUAACCGAGAUAGAAAGAUUCACUCAACUCGAGAAGGUUUCCUCCGUCAGUAGUAGCAAAACAUGUUCAGUUAAUAGGCAAAUAUUCACACCUCAUUAGGCGUUAGCAACGUUUAUACCUCAUGAGGCGGUAACACGAUAUCCAGAGUUGGGAUUUGAAAUAACAGAACUGAAGCCAUGAAGCGGUUACAGAAAUGUUGUUGUGCUGCGUCGACCCGCACGGGCACGCUGAUCACAGCUGUCCUUGGGAUCAUUCUGUCUAUAGCCACCAUUGUCUUGGUGUGGGUCGUGAAGAGGCACAGAAUCACAUUCAGCACUUUCAUCUUUGAUGAAGAUUUUGAUAGAAAACUUUCAGAUCUAGACAUUCCGCGGAUAAUAUUAACUAUAAACUUAUGUUUUACCAUAUUGAUAUGUUCACUCCUGAUUGUGGCUGUUCAAAAACGACGGUCAUGGCUGAUGCUCCCGUGGGUGGUGCUCGGUAUCGUGCUGGCCAUCGGGCUGCUGAUCAGCGUGCUGCACACCUCCAUCACGUACUACCUUGACAAGGAAGACCACGUCCUCAUUGCUACCAUCAUACUGAUUGGUGGGCUUUUCUAUUUGUGUCUGUACCUCUACCUAUGGGCAGUGGUAUUCAGCCAUUAUCUGGACGUCCGUGACGAGGAGGAGCGGGGCCGAUACCGCAAGGCUCCAUACAGGCGAUGAAGCCCUCACGACAUUACUAGACUGCUAUACUUUAAAUCUCAUCAUUGUCUAAUCUCAAUGCUUUUAUAUGAAUAAUCAGCUGCGCGUCAAUGCUUAAUGAACUGUUACCCAAACUGAAAAUCUUAAAAAAAAACAUAUGUCAUUUGGGUAAUGUUUUUUUUUAGACUUUGACCAAGGAACAUAUACAAGUGCAGGUAAAGAGUGAAAUCACUCUGUCGAUACCGCUGUUCUGAGACCAGAACAGCAGACUGUAAAAACUCACGUUCUGUUGAUACCUGGUUUAUUAAAUAUUGUUUUAUAUUUUUUAAUUAUUUCUCACUGAAUUCAAUCUCAAUAUCUACGUACCUACAACGAUUAGAAAAUACGUGAUGAGGUGUUGUCACUGACGCGCAGUCGACUGUUGCAUAGAAUUUUAUUGUCAUCUUAUUAUAAAUAAGAAACAAUGCAUGAAUACAAAAUAUACAUCUAAAUGUAGAAAUGUGAAGUGUCUUAAUAGUGCCUUAACUAGAAGUCAGAAAUAUAUUUUUAUAAAUUUUUGGUGUGAUUAAAUACUUUUAAAUUUAAUAUUUUGAUCUGAACAAUUGUACUUUUAAAUCAAUAAUAUAGGACGGACAUAUUAGUGUUGUAUUAUACCUUACUCUACUUGAUACAUGAAAGGAAAGGCUUAAACUAAUAAAUAAUUCGGAUGCCAUUUUACAACUGAAUGAAAAAUGCGAUGAAAAAGCCAUUUUAGUACUUAGUUACCAACGGUACCAAUGGACCAAUGGUACCAAGUUUCUGAUGUCUUACUUACUUAAGUACAAUCAAUAUAGCUAGUAAAUAUUCCGACAUAACCCAUCUUCUGAAAGAAUGUAAUUUUUAAUACUUAUGAGUAAGAAAACAAUUUAAUCGAUUGUUAUUUACUUAUUUUUAUAUUUAUUUAACAAUUUUAGUGUUUAAAUGAUACAUAGUUAUGUUUAAGUACCUACUUCAUUUUAAUAAAUGUUCAAGAAUAAUA